AUGGAUGAGCAACUCCGCAACCCCACCCCAAACGAGGCCAAAUUCAACUACACGUGGGGUAUGAGCGGGAUGUUAACGACAAAGGGGAAGUGGGUAGUGUUGUGGUGA